GCCGACAUUCACUUUCUUGCUCAAUUUCUAUUGUCAUCUUCAUUGCGCAGGACAGGGAACACCAAAGACAUAGCAGAUGCAUGUAUGCCGUCUCACGAAAGGUUCUUCACCCUGAGUCUAUGCGCUGCAGAUUGCAGCUUCAUCCGGAUAUGGCCACAGUAUUGCUUGAACAAAGCUGUUCUCCUCAUUGUUUCAGGCACCGAACUCCCGGCCUACAAUUACUCACGUUCACACAGAAAAGCAGGCCGUAGCGAUUGGCGAACGGAAAACGUCACGAAAGUCUAUCAUGAUCCCAUUAUCCAUUCUACCUCGCAUGGCAACGAAUAGCAAUCAACACUGAUUCUCCGUAUUGAGGCCAAGCUAGGUUUGGUUGAUGCACGUCUUUGUAGUGAGCGAUUUGACGGCGCGUUACCCAAAGAGAGAUCAUGAACAUAAUGUCGCUACGGAAGUGUCAGUGUUUAAUAUGAUGACAUGACAAGUACUUUGAUGAUCUCAACCUCAUAUUUUUCAUGAGAACCCGCUACCCGGUUCGAAGCCUUGCCCUACGCUUGUGCAUAACUCAGGGCCAAACGGCAGCGAACCCUCCUGAGAGCUGCUACGCGCCCAUGCAAACCGAUUGAGCGGCUGUUCAUCCUUUGCAGAUUUCACUGAUGUGCGGAAAUAUGUUCCCGAGAUUUUUCGGAGAACAUCCAAAGAGAGGGUCUGACAAGCUGUACAACGACUGCCUCGGCUAACGCCACUACUGCCUACAUAAAGCUCGAAUUUGCUAUGGCAUUCUCAACCCACUCCUCCUCUUUCUAUUUCAUUUCCCUUGACGUUCUCCUUGCAGACUCUUUGGCUGCCAAUUCAUCUUUCUCUUCCGAUUCCAGUUGUAACUGAUUAAAAUGACACCUCCUCAAAGUCGAAAAGUUGUUGUCAUUGGAGCAGGUCCAGUAGGAUGCCUGACCGCUAUCGCAUUGGCGAAGCAGGGUUGGAAUGUCGAAGUAUACGAAGGGCGUCCAGAUAUGCGUCUCCCAUCGUCUAAGCUUGAGGCAGCUGCAUCCCUACGGUCCAUUAAUCUUACGAUCUCUCCACGUGGAAUCACGGCCAUCCAGGCUAUUGACCCCAAUGCAGCCGAGCGUUUCCUUCGUGCCACCGUACCUAUGCAUAGCAGAAUGGUUCAUGACACCAAGGGCAGGAUGACUCCACAACGCUACGAUCGCAGUGGACAGACAAUCAACUCCAUUGAUCGUGCAUUGCUAAACGAAGGUCUCCUCGAGGAUGCCCUUUCGAUUCCUAAUAUCCAGGUUUUCUUCUGUCACAAAGUUUCAUCUAUCGAUUUUGAUGCCCGUGUAUUGAACGUGCGCGACGUUAAUGGGAAGAAAGACGUGUUCGUCCCAUUCGAUUUCUGUGUUGGCGCCGAUGGUAGCUACUCCACUGUCCGCCGACAGUUGAUGAGACAUGUUCGAAUGGACUUCCAACAGGAGUACAUUCCACAUGAGUACCUCGAGCUCCGAGCUCCAUCAGGGCCGCCCAAGGAAGCCGGCGGAGAACCUACGUUCUUAAUGGACCCCAACCAUCUUCACAUCUGGCCGCGCGGAUCUUUCAUGCUCAUCGCUCUACCCAACCAAGAUAAAACGUUCACGCUCACGUUGUUCUCGCCUACGGAGGAGUUUGAUCGGCUUAAGUCCCCUGAAGUCAUUUUGUCAUGGUUCAAGACGCAAUUCCCUGACGCCUUGAGCAUCAUCGGCGAGGACUCUCUGCUGAACAGCUUCAGGCGCAACCCCCGAAGUCCAUUGAUUACCAUCAAGGCGAAACCCUAUCACUACAAGGACCGCGUGAUCAUUCUGGGUGAUGCAGCUCAUGCAAUGGUUCCGUUCUAUGGUCAGGGCCUAAAUUGUGGUCUUCAAGACGUGCACGUGCUGGCUCAUCUUCUGCGUACCCACAACGUGGAUCCGUCUUAUCGCCCUGUGGAGGGAGCGGAAGAUAUUCAGCUCGCGAAGGCGUUGCAGGUGUAUUCCGAGACGAGGCAUGACGACCUGAUCUCCAUUGGAGAAUUCGCGAUGAACAACUACAUUGAGAUGCGGGAAACACUCACGAAGCCUACCUUUUACUUGCGGAAAGCCCUUGACAACGUCUUGUAUGCCUUGACUGCUAGGCAAGUUAUCCCAACGAUCAACAACCCCGGUUCAGUUCCCGAUCCCUUCCCUACCGCGCAACCUUCCGGGUGGCUGCCGCUGUACACGAUGGUCACGUUCAGGCCCGAUAUCAGUUACGGUACAGUCAAACGUAAGGCACAAAGACAGAGAGAAAUCUUGUCAUAUGCUGGUUGGCUUGGUGCCGUAUCCCUCACUGUCGGUACUGUUGGCUUCAGCUAUCUCUCCCUUUGGCAUCGUUUCCGCAAGUAGAUCAACAAGCCUUCUGAUUUUAACCUCGAAUUCUGCUUUCUUGCUUCGUAUUUAAUUAGUAUAUAGUCUUUCCGAUUCCUCAGCGUGAUUCGCGUCUGUUGUAGAAUAUUUCAUUGCUUUGCUGUUUACGUAUUGUUGUCUUAAUUGACGGGGUUCGUGUGGU